UGUCUAACGUCAAUCUUACGAAAGUUGAAUAAAUCAUCUUUGUAAAUACAGCUGUUUCUGCUAUGAUUAAAUUUUCAUAUAAUAAAUGUUUCCGAUUGUUAUUACAAAUUUUUAUUAACAAAUUUCAAGUGUAGAUUUCCUUGUCAAUAUCAGAAAUACGAGGAACAGCACAAUAUUUUGGUGAAAUAUAUACACAAGAAGACAGUAUUUGACCUCCUUUUCUUCAGGAGUCUUAGCAGUUAACCAGCAGCUGCUUUGGAGUGCAGGUCAUGUCAUAGCAACAGGACUCUAUAUACAAACAAAGGAAUAAGAGAUAUUCAUUCUAGUCAUCAUGUCUGACAAAGAUCAAAAAAUGGAGCAAGAUGCGGAAAAGUGUAAUAUUAAUAAUCCUAACAUUCCUAUAGAAUGCCCAACUUCAUCUCGUCAAAUAGAAGAUGAUAAACAUACAAAAGAACAAGAUAUACAAUAUAUGAUGAGCGGAUGGACUGGAGCAUCACCACCAAAGUUUGUGUCUCAUGAAGAAAUUAUAAAAGCUGCUAAAGGAAUGACGAAUAUGGCUUUGGCACAUGAAAUUGCGGUUGAUACAAAUUUUCAAUUACAAAAAUUGGAGCCGGAUGACGGUACUUUUCAUAGAAAAGUUAAAGAAAUUAUGCAUAAGGCUUUUUGGAAUUUGUUAGUAGAACAAUUGAAUGAAGAUCCACCGAUCUAUACGCAAGCCUUUAUUUUACUAAAAGAAAUUAAAGAUACAUUGGAUGAACUUGUAUUAUCACAUCAUUCAAAAAUUAAAGAAAAUAUUAAAGAAGUCCUUGAUAUUGAUUUGAUUAAACAGCAAGCAGAGAAGGGUGUAUUAGAUUUUCGCCAUUAUGCAAAUUACAUUAUUUCUAUUAUGGCUAAAGUUUGUGCACCGGUUAGAGAUGAAAAAAUAGAAGAACUGAAAGGAGAGCAAGAUGUUAUUGAAACAUUUAAAGGUAUAAUGGAAGCUUUACAGUUGAUGAGACUAGAUUUAGCAAACUUUACGAUAACUAUGAUGAGACCAAGUAUUGUUGCUUCGAGUAUUGAAUAUGAAAAAGCUAAGUUUGCAGAAUUUUUAAAAAUUAAUUCAAAUGGUUUACAUUAUACUAAAAAAUGGUUGUUGAGGCAUCUUGACGAAGAAGAAAUUGCCAGUGAUUUUAGUCAUGAUAAUCAAGUAAGACAAAUUACACAUCGUCUCUUAACUGAAGCUUACCUUGAUCUCCUAGAAUGGGAUUUUAAUCCAGAUGCAGAGACAUUGAUGCUUGAUCAAGGUAGAUUGGUAGAAUUGCGUGAUAAGACUAGCAGAUUGAGUCUAAUUGGUUCUAUAUUAUUAUUAACAAAUAAUACCGUUGGAACAUCGAUACAAGAUGUUGCUAAGUUUAAAAAUAGCGUAAAGAAGAAUUUAACAGUGUUAUUAGAUUCGGUACAUUCAAAUAAAGACUUAGAAAUGGUAAUGCCAAACAUCGUUUUGCAAGUAAUAAAAGAUCUUAAAGCAACGUUAGAGGAAAUUGGUAUUGGAAAUUUGUCAUCGGAUUUAGAAAUAUCAUUAGAGGGACAAAUAACAGAUUUGGUUAAACCAGAUCAUAAGAUCAGAAGUCUCGUUAAUUUAAGGAUUAGACAAUUUUUGCAAAGAAUUAUACAAUCUAAGAGUGCUAUUCCUCAGCAAGUACCAAUUGGUCUUUCGUCUCUUCAAGAAGAAUUAACAGCUAUAGCAGCACAAUUUUUAAUACUUGUUUCUCAUAACAGAAGUGUGUUUGGGGAAUAUUAUCAAGAAAUUGUCAGUAAUGCACUUUCUUCCACGCGUGAUAAUGAUGUGAUGAAAAAGGUAGUGAAAGAAAAUUCAAUGGAUGCCUAAAAUGAGAAUAUAUAUGAUUUUAUAUUAUGAGACGUGUUCAAGAAUCUGGAAACAGUUUUACAAAUAAAUACUAUGUAUGUAUAGUUAAUAUUUUAUAUAUUAGUCUUUUUAAAAUUCAAUCAUUUUUAAAAUACAUAUGUUAAUAUAUAGAAUGUGAGGCACAUAACUUGAUUACCUCGAAUAAGUUCUAAAUUGUACAAUAAACAACAAAUUAUUUCUAUAGAGAUUAUAUGAUAUCAAAAAGGGCAUAAUGUGAUGUCCAUGAUGUUUAAAGUAAAGCCGUUUAGGAUAUUUGAAGGACAACUUUAUUUUUUUAAACGGAAUGUUCUCUCUUUUUUAUGGCAGUUCUAAAGAGCAGUUUCUAAGUAAAGAAGUAUUAACCUUCUUUGAUUUCUAAAGCUAUUUAUAAACGAAAUAUUAACGAAAGUUUGAUCAGAAUAAGAUCUUAUUGAAAUAUUCUAAACUUAUAAAAAAGUCAUGCAUGCUACAUUAUACCUUUUUUGAGAUCACGCAAUCCCUGUAGAAAUAUUGAAUUGUUUAAAUACAAUAUGUUUUGAUUGUAGUAAUUUAAGAACAUAACAUAUGUAUACACUAUUACUAAAUUAAUCCAAAAAAUAAUUUGUUUUUUCAGAAUGAUUUAAUAGUAUGAGAUAAAACAAUUUCUGCAAUAUUAUGCAUAGGAGUCUAUAAUUACUAAUUCUAAUUACCUUCAAGUAUUUUCUACCUUCUAAUUAAUUUCAAGUAUUACAAUAUAUAUUCAUAUAUUUUGUGUAAGAGCUUACAUAACAAUGAAUAUAAAAUAAUAUUUCUUUAUAUUUGGUGCCGUGUAAAAAAGAUCUCUUUGCAAUAAUAUCUACAUAAAAAUUUAUUUAGAGUACAAAGUUGUAUGCAUUGUAUGAAUCAACGUAUCACACACAACACACAGACACAUAUAUAUAUAUAGAUAUAUAUAUAUAUUUGUAUGGAAUUUUUUGUCUUAUUAUUAACCAAAAAAUCAAUGUUCCUUAUCUCAAAAAUUAUAAAAAUUUUGUAAUAUUCCGGAAUAUCUUGUGAGGAAGUUAUGACUUUCUAGGGCUCCCCGGCACAUGUUUUGGGAUCCAUUGGACUAUAGUAAUAUAUAUUGGAUUUUUAUUUUUUGCAGAAAUAAUCAAAUAUUCCUCAUUUUUCUAUACAUUUCACUUUUAUUUACUCUAUUUUAUCGAUCUUGCGACGAUAGUCCCAAGAUACGAAUAGAGUGAGAACCCAUCUUUAUCAUUAUCAAAAUAUUACCUAUGCUAAACAACAGUUAUACGACCAAUGUAAAAACCUUAGGUAUUAGACUUAGCAUGAAUAAACUAUACUUAAAA